AUGUCAGUGUUAAACAAUUUCACAGUGUCAAUAGCUAAAGGAUUAAGACGUCUUCGUCACAAUAAAGAGUUAUGCGGGAAUGCUUCAAUCAAUCGCAAAGAAAACACACGACUUAAGAUGGAAAAAUGUCUCUUAGUGUCAAAAGUUACCAGAUAUGAAUAUGAGAGACAUAUGCAUGACAAUAUCGCGGAUUCUGAUCUGGAAGCGAUUUUACGGAAGCGAGGGUCAGACUUCGAUUCAAUGAUAGAGACCCACAGACAACAGAAGGCUUUCGAGGAGAAUGUGGCGAGCAGUUUGAAAAGUAUGGGCCUACAAGUUGAGAUGGCUAGUCGUUUAACCUACAACGACGAGUUAAUAAAGUGGUGUGAUGUAGUAGUACCGUGUGGUGGUGAUGGGACCUUCCUACUAGCGGCCUCAAGGGUCAGAGAUGCCACAAAACCCGUGAUAGGUUUCAACAGUGCUCCACACAAGUCAGUUGGCAGAUUGUGUUUACCGACUUGGUGUUCUAAUGAUGUGAAGGGAGCAUUCACUGCUUUGAAGGAGGGUAGAUUUAGAUGGAUGCGUCGUUCCAGGAUAAGAACCACAAUUACUUCUGAACCAAAACAGCUGGAAACAAUUACACCUGUAGAUCUGCACACUAUGAAUUAUUGCAGAUAUCCUCCUGUAACAAAUCCUCAUGAUAAUUCUGAUACCAACACAGACUAUAAAGAAGAUAGCUGUACGUUAGCGACUAAAGUGUUGCCAUUGUUGGCUUUGAAUGAGGUGUUUAUAGGUGAGAGUGUGACGUCACGCGUGUCUCUCCUCAGACUACAGAUAGAUAACGGACAAUGGACACACACCAAGAGCUCCGGGUUGUGUGUUACAACAGGCACGGGGAGUACUUCAUGGCAUUACAGCAUCAACUGUCUCCGAACCCAUUCAGUGCUCGAGCUGAUGCAGAUUCUGAAUGAGGAGUUUGAUGUUAAGAUGGAUACGACGUUGGAGAAGGCGAGGGAGGUCGCUGAGAGAUACAACCAGAAAUUAAUGUUCCCACCAGAUUCAGCGUAUUUAGCGUAUUCUGUUCGUGAGUACAUCACGUUUGAAGAGUGGCCCGCGCCCCGCGGACUUCGUGUGAGGGACAGGGCUGGCUGUGUGAGGGUCAAGUCUCACUGUAGUGAUGCUGGGUUGGUGAUAGACGGCAGUGUGUCAUUUCCAUUCAACGAUGGAACUAAAGCCUUAUUAGAAAUAUAUCCUGAAGAUUCACUGAUGACCGUACAAAUGGAUGAUUCUUUACCUUAUUAA